AUGGCCCAGCCUGUGGGAUUUCUAUUGGUUUCCAUCUGCCUGUUUCACAGCCUUUUCAGUCUUCAAGAGGAAGAGUACUAUCCACCAACCAUAGAUGGUGAAUGUGCCUUUCCUUUCUCAUAUAGAAAUAAGUUAUUCUAUGACUGUGUCGACUUCAAUGCAAAACACAAAUGGUGUUCUUUGAACAAGACUUUUCAAGGUUACUGGAAGUACUGUUCUCUGUCAGACUAUGCUCCAUGUGCCUUUCCCUUCUGGUACAGACGCUUGAUCUACUGGGACUGCACAGAAGAUGGAGAUGGGUUUGGAAAAAAGUGGUGUUCACUAACCCCAAAUUACAACAAAGACAAAGUUUGGAAAUACUGUACAUAA